GGCAGUCCGUCACAGACAGCGACAGGGUCGGGUGGGUCAGAACAGUGCCGAGGGCGAGACACGAAGCCCUGUGGUUACGAGAUCAGAUCUGAUGCGGUCGUGAUAGCUUUGGACGUUUCCGAUUUCCCAUCGAUCUCUUCGCGAUAUAUAUACUAGUCGCCGGUCGAAAAGCCGGCCGUUCGGUGCGCAUUCGCAGUACAAAAGAGACUUGUGAUAUUUUUCUAGUAUAUAAGUUCCGGAACGGAACGCUUUAAUUUUUCGUAUUAAAAGUGUACAAUAUAAGUAAAGAUUUGGAAAACAUGGAGAUCCUGCCGGUUACGAAUCAGUUUAGUGUCGGAUUCAGCGGCGAAAAAGCCUGGAACGGUCCGACAUGGCGGGAGGCCCCACUGCCGGUGGCGACGGAGGCGGCGCUGGCGGCGCGGCUGGAGCGCGAGCUGCGCGCGGCCAAGGGCGCCAGCGCGCUGGCCGCGGCCGAGGUGCUGGUGCCGGCCGAGCUGCUGGCGCGAGCGGCGCGGCAGCUGCUAGCGCUGGCUGAGGCGGAGCCCUGCGGCGCACGAGGCGCCGCCGUCAUUGUUGACGUCGCGGGCCGCCGCCUCGCCGCCUUCAAGGUGGACCCCAACACGCUCACCACGCACGAGAUACACAUACACCUGGAACAUGACUCCACCAACUGGACUAGCUUGUUGCCGCAAUUCUUAAAAAACCUGACGCGAGGCGGCACCAUCAUCAUCAGCCCACAGUUCACGAUAGAGAGGAAGAAGUUGUUCCGGAGCCAGGCCGAGUGAGUGCUGGCGCCGAGCCGACUGACUGCCCUCCUCGAUAUCUACGUAUCGUUAUUUUAACAAAUAUCAAUAUUAUUAUAUGUAUAUUAAUUAUUAUAUAUUUUUAAUAAGAAAAAAAAGCACAGCGUGAUAUGUAAUGUAUAGUAGUAGAGUAAGCGCAGAGUCGGCCUCGCGCCGGCGCCGGCCCGCGGCGGCGCGGCUCGGCGCGGCUCGCGUGGGUCACUCGGCUCGCGAGUCUCGUAAGGCUCGCGUGGCUCGAGUGGGUCACGCGGCUCGUGCGCGGUGGCUGCGCUCGCGCCGCUCCUGAUCUCAGCGCCGCCGCGGUGUGUGAUAUCAUACCCUGAUACAUGUAGUCUUAGGUAUUAUUUUUUGUUUCGAGUUCGAUUCUAUUCUGAAGUUGCGUAGAGUUGGUAUUUUCAUGUAUCGUAAUUGUAUUUAUUAGAGGCGAUCCCGCGAGGGUCAGAUAAUAUGUGUACGUUUUUCGUAAUUGUACUAGUUUGUACAUUUGUUUGUGAUACUACUUUUGUAAUGUAUAAAUUGAGAUGAGAAUAUAGUUUAUGAGUGAGAGCAGCGUAUAUGAGAGAGCGGGGCCGCCGCCGGCCGCCGCACAAUAUUGCAAAGAUCUCAGGUUAUAUUAUUAGAGUUAUAAAAGUAUUAAGUUAUUUAAGUUAAUAUAAAGAUGUAAUGUUUUGUAAGGUUGUUUUCUAUCGCCGCGAUGCGGCUCUAUAGUCCAGUGGGAAGAGAGAAUUUUGUACUAACAGUACCUUUAUUGAGAUGUAUAUUGCAGUUGAAUGCAUUUUCUUCAUCCAGUGUAAUUACUACAUUAAAAUGUAAAUCAAUAGACUAACAGUUUUAAAGGAAAUCUAAAUGUUUGUAGGGUCCAGUGUUUAAAACGCACAAUAUCAUAGUCCUAGAAUCACUUUCAUCAAAACAUUUUAAAAAUGCUACAAAAUCAUUUUAUUUGUAAACUUGGAAAUGUCGACAUAUACAAAACUAACAAUUAUAAUAAAUGUAUCAAUUGUUUAUAAUUGAUAUUUAUUUGAUAGACAGUAAAAAGAAAAUGUAGAAAUUAUUGAGAAAAAAAAUACAUAGUUUCAAUAAUGGAAA